CGCUACAAGCUACCAUUGAAUGGUUGCGACCCGCCAUAAAAAAACUUAAAGAUGAAGAAGUAGAAGCUUCCCAUUAAUUUUCUCCUCAAAAGUCAAAUCAGUUUUCCAAAAUUGACAUUCACUAGUACCUAAAUGAUAACGAAGAUUAUUACCAAGUAAUUACAGGUUUCAGGAAGAUCAGGUUGUCCAGGUUUGUCAAUAGUAUUGUGUAACAUUAGCUAGCUACCUUGCAAGAUAAUGCUAAUUCCACAUUGCUAGCUAGCAUUUUUGUAUGUAGCUUGCUAGCUAACAACAUUGUGCAUUAUGACAUUUAGAUGUUUUAUUUUCGUUAGUAGCUAAUGCACUGUUAAAUUAAUUCGUCAGAUUGAUAUAAUAUCAGGACAAAUGGCUAUUGCCAUAGUUUAUCACGCAGUGUGAAGGUUUUGCCCUGAUACAUGGCUGUUGUGUUGUGCUUGCUAACACUGUCAUUGCUACAAUACUAACCAACUAUAGAGCCUACAGUGAUGUCUGAAGAAGUGAUCGUCGUGGAGUGGGCAGAGCCUGGUGCAUCAGAGGAGGGAUACCAAGUCCAACUCAUUACAGACAACCCCUCCGCAGGUGUGGUACUCAGGCUACAGUAGCCGAAUUCAAUCAGAGUUUUAGAUUGUGUUUGUCAUGUACUCCUGUGUCAGGAAUGUUUGUCAUAUACUCAUGUUUCUCACUGGAUCUGUGUUGUCACAGUGUUGCCUGACAGCCUCGUCCAGAAUAUAUUGGUGAACACUGUGGUACAAGGCCAAGAGGAGGAUCAUCCACUACUAGAUGACAACGGUAAUGACCUCUGUGAGUAAGAACAAAUUCUGUGUACUCUAUCUUGAAUUCCAAGGCCAUCAAUGGUCUUUGCAUGCAUCUUUCAAAUCAUAGUUGCUUAGAUCUACACUUAGUAAGUGGAAGGCCUUGUUAUAUCCAGGUUAGCUUACCACAUGAUUGUACCAUCUUACUUAGGCCUAUCACUUUGUAUUUCUAUUUUUACAGAUUGUGAGGAGUGUCAUGCCUCCGACAAAGACCAGUGUUAUGUCCAAGGUGGUCUAUCCUUCAUGCUGGACUCUCCCACUCCAAUGGGUGUACCCCAGAGGGCCCUCCUCACCCUACCCCAUGGGCUGGUGGUAGGCAGGUCCAGUAUCCCAGGGGCAGGCCUGGGGGUCCUAAACCAAGGGCCAACGGUGGCCCCAGGAAUGCACUUUGGCCCCUGUGAGGGGGAGGUGACUACCAGGGAAAGAGCAGUAGCAAGUGACUACUCCUGGGAGGUGAGUGAGUGCUGAUAUAUUGGGCAAUUCUGAUAUCUAGGGCAAUUCAGAUGGCUGAUUUAGGACCUUUUUACUGAAGAAUGUGUUUGUUUCCUAUGAUUGUGUUUUGUAUCUCUGUUUUGCUUUUCGUAGUGAUAUAUGUGUAUAUUUUUGUAUUUGCAGGGCUCAUCUGUUAAAGAGACCUUGGUCUCAGCUUGACUCCCUGUCAAAAUAAAGGUUAAAUAAUGUACAAAAUACUGUGUCCCAACUGGCGCCCUAUUCCCUACUUUUGACCACAGCACUAGGACCCUGGGUGAUAUUUGGCUGCACCUAUAAGCCUAUUUCAUGGAAAUCUUAAGCAUUGUGUCUAUACUCUAUUUAUGACUAUGUUGUGCCGAGUCAGCUGAGAUUAUUUGUCAUGUUUUUCUAUAAAAGCAUUGCUCUUUUUUCAGGUCUGGAACAGUAAGAGUGAAUCUGAGUACAUCGAUGCUGCACGAGACACUCAUUCCAACUGGAUGAGGUAACUUAGGUUGUAGGACGUACCCUCACUUAUUUUACACUCCAACUCUGUCUGUUUCUUAUGGAGUGCUAAGUCACAUUGCGCUCUCUCUCAGGUAUGUGAACUGUGCUCGUAGUGAAGAGGAGGGUAAUCUCAUAGCACUCCAGUACAGGGGGAUUGUUUUCUUCCACUGCUGCCGCUCCAUCCUCCCAGGAGAUGAGUUCCUGUUUUGGCCUGGGGGCAGAUUCAUCGAAAGGUUCAGGGACCCCUCUGACCAAAUCUGGCUCCGAAAGUGCACCCCUUCAGGUACUUAUCGUUCCCAGUCUCCUUAUACGAACUUGCUCUGGCACUGGGCGUCUAGAAGGCUCCUGUGAGGGUGCAUAAGGAAUAAUAAUAGGGAAUAUUACAAUUCUCAAACUCAAAGUCACUUUAGUAAUGUUUAGUAAGACCUAACCUUUUCGUCUUAUUUUCUCUCUGUUUCAGAGUUUAGAACAGAUUUGUCGUCUCAGGUUUUCCUCUGCUGUCAGUGCCAGCUUUCUUUCACCACCAAGUCCUACCUUCAAAAACAUACAGAGAAAUCACACUCUCUGGACCUAUCGCCUGCGUCUGCAUUGAGUGAGCUUGACAGUCACCUUUCUAACGGCAAUGUGAAGCCAGACCCUAUGUCGUCAUCCUCUGUAGGUGAGUUGGCCUACCGGUGCCCUCAGUGUCCUAAGAGCUUUAAGCAGAAGGGCCAUGUCCAGAGACACAUGCGAAAUGUCCACUCCAAGGUGAAACCGUACUGCUGCAUCCAUUGUAGGAGGUGUUUCGCUCAGCUGUCUUGUCUGGCCAGGCACCAGAUACGAGUUCAUGGAAAGAAGAAGAAGCAGGGAAUAGCAGAGUUUAUGUCUGAAGAGGUCAGAGGGAAGAGACAGCCAUCCUCUGACAGGACCCAGGAAACUGAGUCCCCCACCUCCGAUGCUCCACCUACAGGGGCCUCUGUCUUAUUCCCCUGUCCUCAUUGCCCAUUCUCUUCUACUGUGGAGAGCAGCCUUUGUCAGCACAUGAAGAGCCAUGACCAAAGGGAAAAGGUCAUCAAAAUGCAGGCUUCUGUAGAGGUCAGAGGGGAGAGCACCGACAAACCCGAACCCCCAGAACCCCCCUCUGAUGCUCUACAUACAGAGCCCCAGACAGAUGAGUCGGCACAAACAGGUGAAGAGGCCAACAGCUGCUCUCAGUGUGGGAAGAGCUUUAAACAGAAGGGCCACUUCCAAAGACACAUGCGAGCUGUCCACUCCAACGUCAGACCCUAUUGCUGCCCCCAGUGCAGGAAGUGUUUUGCUCAGGGGUAUGACCUGGCGAGGCACCAGCUACGAGUUCACGGAACAAAGAAGAAGCGUGGAGUAGUAGAGGUCAGAGGUGAGGAGGUCAGAGGGGAGAGUCCGCCACCCUCUGACAGCGCCUGGGAACCAGAGCCCCCCUCCUCCAAUGAUUCACCUACAGAGACCCAGACUGGAAGAGCUCCCUCUCAGAGACUGAGGAACCUCAGGGUAAAGUCCACCAGGACCUCUAAUGCUAAAACUAAGGCAAACGCACCAAAACAAAGACAAACCAGUACCAAGAAGAGGUCCCAUUCAGAUCCUGAUUCAGAUGCUCUGGACAUGGAGGGUGAUGCUGUAGGAGAUGAGGCCCAGUACAGCUGCACUGAGUGUCAGGGAACCUACGACAAUCCAGAGUCUCUCAAAUCCCAUCAGUGCAUCCAGGUCGUGGUGGGGCCGCCGCCGUACUCUUGCUCUACAUGUAGGGUUACCUUCAAACGGUACACCACCCUGAAGAAGCACAAGCUCAACAAGCACCCAAAGGAAAAUAUGCGUUAUUGCUGCACCCGCUGUGGAAGGUUCUUCAGUCAGGCUGCCAGUCUACAGCGCCACCUGGAGGCCGAAGUAUGUAAGGACAUCCAGCUGAGCUCUGAAGCUGUCCCCUGCUCCUACUGCCAAUUCUCCUUCACUGAGGAGAGGUACCUCCGGAAGCACGUUAAGAGACACCACCCUGAUGAGUAUGUCUCUCAGGCCUCAGGCCUGGGCUCAGGCCUCAUUCAGCCAGAGCAGAAGGCCGUAGAGGGAGGAGAGGUCCACCUCUGCUUUCAGUGUGGGAAGAGCUACAAGUACGUUAAAUGCUUCAAAUCUCACAGGUGUUUCCAGUCAGUCACAGCCAAACGGUACUUGUGCAAUGACUGUGGGAAAGGUUUCUCUUGUUUCUACAGCCUUAAGCAGCAUCAGCGGAUUCACACGGGAGAGAAGCCAUACCGCUGCUCUAAUUGCGAGAAGUGUUUUAGCCACUCUGGACAGCUGAAUGUACACCUGAGGAUACACACAGGGGAGAAGCCUUUCCUGUGUACUGAGUGUGGAGAGACCUUCCGUCAGUCUGGGGAUCUGAAGCGCCAUGAGAGAAAACACACAGGGGUGAAACCAUGUACCUGUCCUGAAUGUGGAAAAAGCUUCAGUCGACCUCAGAGUCUGAAAGCUCACCAGCUGCUGCACAACGGAGAGAAACUGUACAAGUGUGAUCAGUGUGUGAAAAGGUUUUCACGAAAUUAUCACCUGACAAGACACCAUGAAAAGAUGCACUCAUAAUUUGGCUGCACCACACACACUGUUGACUAUUGGGUUUAUUUGAAAACACUUGGUUAA